CCCACUAUUCAUAGAGUUCGUCUGAUUAUCAAAGUAAUGAGUCGGCCAUCGUUCUCUUCUCUGAACCGAGCUCUUCUUUCUCUCUGCGGCCUCUCUCACUCCUUUUCUUUCUCGAGCUCCUCAGCCGCUAGCAAUCGCAGACUUGAUUUUCUCUUUCAGGAGGCGCAAGUCCUCGAACCUUUGAAACGCGUCGCUGCUCCGUCCGCCGCACGAAAUCUGGAGGAGAAAGAGGUUAAGGUGAGGUCGGUGGAGAUUUCCCAUCCAUGGCCGGAGUGGGUGGAACUCAUGGAUCACCUCCUUAAAAGUGGUUAUUUGGAUCGCGACGCGUUCCAGUCAUCUUCUUCGAACUUCAAUUCUUCCAAGGAUUCUAACUUAAUACGAACAGGCUGCCUCACUUUCGCGAGAGAGAGCUCCGAGCUGAUUAGAUACCUUUCCAGGAAAGACAUUAGGAUAGUUGUUGGUUAUGGAUGCCCAAGUUCAGACAGAAAAGUUGUCAAUUCAGGGAAAAGGCUGAGGGCUUAUGUUGGUACUAAUGAAGGAGAGGUGUGCAGCUCAUGUAAACUGAGGGGUAACUGUGAGAGGGCCUAUGUGAAGCCCAAUGAGGAUGAAGCUGGAAGAACUUUGGAUGUUAUGCGCAUCUUAUUAACAUAUGGAAUUGAUGCCAAUAAUGCAUCAGAAGGAAAAAAUUCAAGGCUCAACCUAGCCUUAAAUGAAUCUAUAAGAAAGUUGUUGAAAGAUGUAGUGAAUCUGAGCAUCAAGGGUUAUGGUUCCGUUCCAGAAGACGAGAGACAUAGGAUGGCUUCUUCGCGCGGGAUCGAAAGACCUCAAAACAGCGUUCCAAUGAAACAGGGUGACUGGGUUUGUCCGAAAUGUAAUUUCUUAAAUUUUGCAAAGAACAUUAAAUGUUUGCGCUGUGAUGGAUUAUUUCGAGAAAGGCUUGCUAAACUAUGCGAAGAUGGAGAGAAUCUUCCUCUCAAAAAAGGAGACUGGAUCUGUGAAAAGUGCAAUUUCUUGAACUUUGCCAAGAAUGCCAAAUGCUUGCAGUGUAAUGAAAAGCCAACUAAUCGGCUGUUGAAUCCAGGGGAAUGGGAAUGUGCCUCGUGCAAUUACAUAAAUUUUCGAAAAAACUAUUAUUGUUUGAAGUGUGGCUGGAAAAGACCAAAAGCAGCAUGUGUUGGAGAUGGUUCUGCUGAAUCUAAUAUGAACAACAAUAAAGAGCAACAUAGUAAGUCUUCUGAUUCAACAUUUCAGCGCUUUCUCCAUGAGAAAAACCACAUAAAAGAAGGCAGCUCAAAAUUUCAGAGCCUUACAAAGUAUAGCUUCUGUGAAUAUAGUGGCAUUGAUGAAGAUGACGAAAGAAAUGAAUCAAAAAGCUCUACAGAAUUUCAUGAAUUUCCAAUUGUGGGGGGUAAGAGCCCAAUAUCUAAGGAUCAAUUUAUGAGAGAGAGAUGGAAGGAGGAAAUGAGGAGUAAAGGGGUAGUACAAAGAGAAAGUUGUAGGAAAAAUGAUCAUGAAAUAUCAUCUGCUUCCAUUCCCGAAAAUACUGCUGCAAAUGAUUCUGGUGAUGAAGAAGAUAUAGCUGGGUGGUUUAGGGAAUAAGAUGGAGAAAAAAAAACUUAUAACAUCAAUCUUAAGGGUGUUUGAUUAGAUCUACAAAUUACGUUAAAUAGGAUUUAGUAAAUUCGAUAAAUUCUGGAUUUAUCGAAUUCGAAUGCUUUUAAGUCCAUAUUAUGUUUGGUACAGUUAUGAUUAAAUCCAUUGUGGACAUGUUUGGCGAUGGAGCCGACCGAGGCAGCGAAGAGGUAAUAGGUCUUUCGUUCUCAUUAAUUCCAUUAAAUUGGACGUCGAAGAAUGAAAAAAAUAUUACUUCCGGACCACUGGAUGUCCGGACGACAAUGUGAAUUGCACCAUUCCGUUGUGCAAGCAGCGAUCCACACCGACAUCCGGACACCUGGACAACGCACAUAAUGAGCCCAAGGCAUCAUCAUAUACUUGAAUCUGUAUUUUUGAGCCAUUUGGAGGAUUUCUUGUAGUUUCUCUACCUAAUGCUCUUGAUUUAUUCUUUCUUUCUCCAACUUCUUUUCUCUUUGAGUAUUGCAUGUUUGUUAAGAGGGUUUUGGUAUUUCUUCAGGACAAAUUUAAAUUAAACACCUUUAUUUGAAAUAUUGGAAUAACGUUUCUUUCCUAAUCCAUUUCUUUUUAAAUUA